CUCUCUCUCUCUCUCUCUCUCUCUCUCUCUCAGCUAAGAAAUGGUAGCUUCAGCUUUCUCGGCGCCCCUGAGCUUCUCGUUCGCUUCGCUCCCUUCCGUUUCCGUCAGAAAACCGAAGAGUUGUACAGUCUUUGCAACCUUGCGGAGUCCUUAUGGCGACGCUGCCGGUUUAUCGAGUGGCACAUCUCUAAAGCUUGAUGGCAAGUUUUUUGGUGAUACUAGUACCAGUUACGGUGCAAUAGAAGCGAAAAAGGGGAAUCCGCCAAUACUGCCGGCAGUUAUGACCCCGGGAGGACCUUUAGACCUCUCUUCUGUGCUAUUUAGAAAUCGUAUAAUCUUCAUUGGGCAGCCUGUCAACUCCUUGGUGGCUCAACGAGUCAUAUCACAGCUUGUAACUCUGGCUACCAUUGAUGAGGAAGCAGAUAUUCUGGUUUACUUGAACUGCCCUGGUGGGAGUACAUACUCCGUGUUGGCAAUUUAUGACUGCAUGUCUUGGGUAAACAUCAUACAGGAUUUUCUUUUGUCAUUUUUGUGGACAAGUUCUUGUUUUCAUUUUCCAGAAUUUCAUGAUUCCCAGACCAACAUAGGUCACGUAGAAGAUGUGAGGCGCCAAGUUAAUGAAGCAGUUCAAACUCGCCAUAAAGUCGACAAAAUGUACGUUGCUUUUACCGGCCAAUCUCUAGAGACUGUGCAGCAAUACACUGAGAGGGAUCGUUUUUUAUCUGUUUCCGAGGCUAUGGAGUUUGGACUAAUUGAUGGUGUGCUGGAAACAGAAUACUGA